AUGAGCGACUCGGAGGGGGCGCCGGGGCGGUGCGGGGGGCGGCGGGGGCGGCCGCGGCUGGCGGAGGGGGACCGGGCCCGGCGGCGCCUGGAGUCGCGCAAGAAGAAGCCAUGGGAGCAGAUGCCUUAUGAGCCGCAGCGGAAGAAAAGAAGAAGGCGGAAUGUCAACUGCCUGAAAAACACCGUGAUCUGGUAUGAAGACCACAAGAACCGCUGCCCCUAUGAGCCGCACCUCUCUGAGCUGGAUCCUACCUUUGGCAUGUACACGACUGCCGUGUGGCAGUGUGAAGCCGGACACCGUUACUUCCAGGACCUGCACUCUCCCCUGAAGCCACUCAGCGACUCUGAAAACGAGUGUGAAAGUGUUGGCAACGGCACAGGGGCUGGAAGCUCAGGCUCUUCAGACGCAAGUUCCAGCUCGGAGUCGGAGGAGCAGCCGGCGCGCCAGAAGACCAAAGGCCAUGGAGGGCAGCAGCCGCCCCCCCUGGGAGAGGGAGAGGCAGAAGGGGAGAGCGCCAGCGGGCUCAUCACCCAGGAGGGCAUCCACAUUCCCUUUGAGCAGCACAUCGAGAACCUGACGGCAGAGCAGGGCUCCGGCCUGUGCCACAACCCGCCACUCGGCAGCCCAGAGGCCAUGGAGACGGUGGUGUGCGUGCCUGUCCCUCUGCAGAUGGGCUCCAGCCAUGGGACUCUCUUCGAGAACGUGGCGCAGGAGGCGCUGGGGGAGGUGGUGGCCAGCUGCCCCGUGCAGGGCGUGAUGCAGGGCUCGCAGGUGAUCAUCAUCGCUGGACCCGGCUACGACGCCCUGGCUGCCGAGGGGAUCCAGCUGAACGUCACCAGCGCCGGAGGGGAGGAGCUGCCCUGCACCGUGAUGGAGGGCGUGGCGGCCUACACGCAGACGGAGCCCGAGAGCAGGCAGCUGAGCACCGCGGAGGUUGUGGAGUACACAGGAACCAAAAAAGAAAAUGAGGAGCUGCUGGAGCUCAAAAAAGAGGAGCCUUUGCCCCCGGCAGAAAUGGACGCCCCCUGUGACUCAGAGGAAGCCGGUGACGGUGUGGUUGGAGAGCCAGAGCCUGCACCUGUGGAGGAGGAGGCAGAGGGCACCCACGGGUCCUCCAUUAUCUACGAAAUCCCAAAGGAACCGGAGAAGAGGAGGCGGAGCAAGCGGGGCCGCAUGAUGGAUGCAGAUGGGCUGCUGGAGAUGUUCCACUGUCCCUAUGAAGGAUGUACCCAGGUCUACGUAGCACUUAGCAGUUUCCAGAAUCACGUCAACCUUGUUCAUCGGAAAGGGAAGACGAAGGUGUGCCCUCACCCCGGCUGUGGCAAGAAGUUCUACCUGUCUAAUCACCUCCGCAGACACAUGAUAAUUCACUCAGGAGUCCGCGAGUUCACCUGUGAGACGUGUGGCAAAUCCUUCAAGAGGAAGAACCACCUGGAAGUCCACCGCCGAACACACACAGGGGAGACCCCUCUACAGUGCGAGAUCUGUGGCUACCAGUGCCGGCAGCGGGCCUCUCUCAACUGGCACAUGAAGAAGCACACCUCAGACGUCCACUACAACUUCACCUGUGAGCACUGCGGCAAGCGCUUUGAGAAGCUGGACAGCGUCAAGUUCCACAAGCUGAAGAGCCACCCGGACCACAAGGCGGCCUGACCUGCCCACGGGGGCCACAUUCCUCUGCACCGCCC